AUGACAAACACCCAGGAACAGGCGUAUCUUGAUCUGUGCGAGCGCAUCAUCCAGGAGGGCGAGCAUCGUCCCGAUCGUACGGGGACCGGUACCUUCUCUCUGUUUGCGCCUCCACAGCUGCGGUUCUCGCUCUCUGACGGCACCUUCCCUCUGCUCACCACCAAGAAAGUGUUCUUCAAGGGCAUUUUGCACGAGCUUCUGUGGUUUGUCGCUGGAGAGACCGACGCGAAAAAACUCACCGUCAAGGGCGUCAAGAUCUGGGAAGGAAACGGGUCUAGAGAGUACCUGGACUCGCUGGGACUGACUCACAGAAGAGAAGGAGAUCUCGGCCCGGUGUACGGGUUCCAAUGGAGACAUUUCGGAGCAGACUACAUCGACUGCGACACAGACUACACAGGCAAGGGCUACGACCAGCUGGCCAAGAUCAUAAACACUCUCAAGACCAAUCCGUACGAUAGAAGAAUCAUCUUGAGUGCAUGGAACCCGCCUGCUUUUAAAGACAUGGCCCUGCCACCAUGCCAUGUUUUCUGUCAAUUCUACGUCAACUUCCCCAAGGACUCGAAACCAAAACUCAGCUGUAUCAUGUACCAACGGUCUUGCGACAUGGGAUUAGGAGUGCCGUUUAAUAUUGCUUCGUAUGCUCUGCUUACGUAUAUGAUUGCACAUGUCGUGGACAUGGAGCCGGGCGAGUUCAUCCACACCAUGGGAGACUCCCAUGUGUAUUGCGACCACGUGGACGCUCUCAAGGAACAACUGCAACGUGUUCCAAGACAGUUUCCGAAACUGAAAAUUAAUAGAUCCGUCACCUCGAUUGACGACUUCAAGUUCGAAGAUUUCGAGGUUGUCGACUACGACCCGUAUGGGCCUAUCAAGAUGAAGAUGAGUGUAAUCUCGGGCGACACGCUCUGGAUCUCAAUUGCCUUGGACCCGCUACCCUUGGACCGUGGAGGAGUAGCCAGAACUUCUGGCGACUCUUUUGGUUCUGGCUCUGGCGAAGGAGCCUUCUGCGGCCGUGACACGGGUGCCACCAUCGGCGUACUCAGAUCUUCCACCACAGCGGACUUUUCUGGUUCUGGCGUGUACACAACAACGGGUGUUUCUGGCUCCACUGUCUCUGCCCGGAUAGAUAGACUUCUUCUUCUGCGCUUCCAUCUUUCUGAGUUGAUCUGUUCUCUGUUUCUGAUUUCCUGUAAUUUAGCGUUCUUUAGCUCUGCAAGCUGGUUCUCUGCCAUUGUGGCGUCUAGGGCCAAUUCCUGGCGCAUCUGGUUGAUCUGGGCCAUCAUCUGCUGGAACUUUCCUAUCAAGUCGAUUUCCAGGCUGGUGAGGCUCUUCCCGAUCUGA